AUGAGCGAUACGGCGACAAAACUUACCACCAAGAUUCUGGAACUCGCCUGUAAUAUGCAAUUGCUAUUGACACCCGACGCGCAGCGGAAUUGGGGCGUCGCUCAUGACGGAAAUUCACAAGGCAUGAAGCAGCAGAAGGUGGACAGCGCGAAGCUGGCUUCACAAACGGGCAAGGACAAAAUGGCCGUACCUCCCGCGCUUCACAGCCAACAGAAGACCGUCUGGGCUUGUUCGCUGUGCCACCAGCGACAGCAGAUUUUGGGCAAGACUGGAAAGUGGUUCCGCAGAGACCAGACUCGGGCGACGACGCCGACCGACGUUUCGCCGGCAUCUUCUCCAAGAGUUGUGCCGUCCUCAGACACGUCCUCCUCGCUGAAGGCGUUGGCCGAGGAUACUCGUUCGUCGCCGAAGGCGCAGGACGCGAGGCUCACGUCUGGGCCAAGCCAGACUGACAAACGCCCCGAAACGCUGUCGCCAAAAGGCCGCGCGGACACUGGUCGCGGCAAAACGGACACUUCUAAGCGCUCGUCCAUAUCAGAGACCGGUACAACCUCUUCGAAGUACGGUGUCAAGAAGGAAGGACCGGCCACUAAAGAUGUCAAGUCUGAAAAAACAGAGACACGAGAAAAGCGAGAAGAGCGCGUGUCUGACGACCGUUCUCGUCAAUCGCAGAAACUAGAGGAGGCAAACAGCCGGCCUUCGCCCACUCCUCCGGGAGGAGAACCGCAAACGGUCGUGUCGGAAAUGAGCGUCGAAAACUAUAAAACGUCGGUCGGCUCGGGCAUCGGUGCCAGAACUGAGAAGGGCUCGCGAGAAGAACGCCAGCCUCGCCAUAAUAGUGUCUCGAAGCACCGACAGAGCAGAAUCGUUGAUUCGUCGCCAUCCGCCGAAGCCAACCAAUCGGCGAACGUCGAUGCGUCCGAUUCUCGAACCGUGACGAACAUGGGGCAGUCACUGGGACAAGAGGUGGUGGAGCCGUUCGCCGCCGCCAAGCUUUCUCCGCCUUACAAUACAGUAACGGCGGCAACGACGAGGAGCGAAGUGGAGAAGCACCCGUUGGACAGGAGAAGAGCCAGUCAGUACGAGUACGGCAACAAACGACUGCACACCGUCAGAACGCACUCUCUGAAGCAGGAUACGCGGCAAUCGUCGACCACCGCCACUGCGGCUGCUACCGUAUCGAAGUCGACGCGAGAGGCAGCUGAGGUGGGCGGCACGGCUGUACGCAUGACGGGCUCGUUCGCCGACGAUCGCCGUGGCUUCGAGCCGGAGGUUCGUUCUACGACGAACAGAAAGGUGUCUGAAUUGGACCACGCUAAGUCGGUGCGCGGUCAGCAAAACGACGACAACGAAGAAACGAUGUCCACGACUAAAACGGCCUCCGCGGUUGCCACUUCGCAACCGCUGAACUCAACGGAGAGGUAUUUGUCACCCGAGGGAUACGCGCCAUCGACGAGGCACCAAAGUUCCAGCCUGAGGAGGGAGUCGAAGGAUCACGGAAGGAUUCACAGGGCCGAGUCUCAGAGCAGCGAAACGUCAGACGUGACCGUCGUCACGGAUUGGGCGAAGCGGCGCCAGUCGGACCAGGAGCCGUGUCGUCUGCGCUACAAAUCGUUGUCGAAGCAACACUCGAUCAGUUCGUCCGAAGAAGACCUUCCGUCCACUUCCGAGUGCCAGAGCGUCGAGGAUUUCGAAAGCGAAAGUUACUCUGACCGAGGUAAGCGCGUUGUUCGUUCUUUGUCACUUCUUCCGGUUCGAAAAUGA